CUGCUUGCUUUUGAUGUGAAAGGGCAUGGUGUAGAAGAACCCCAAACCCAGUGGCAGUGUAGCUCCCCAGUGCUUUGAACAGUGCUGCAAACCACUUUCCCAGCUGUCUCUGGGAGGCAUGUGCAGUGUUACUGCAGGAAUCCAUGGAGAGUUCCCUUAGCAGACCCUCCUGCUCGCUGCUCUGCCUGAUCCCGGUCACUCUGGAAGCAGCUUCACACAGGGACUCGUGUGACUGAUCUGAAGAGUGUUGCCCUUGAGGUGUUUCUCUGCAGAGCUGCCCUGUCUGCUCCUGACAUGAUGAGGGAUGAAUCCUGCAGGCUGUGAGUGCUGUGUCCCCCGGCUCCUGACACUGGAGGCAUCCAUUCCCUGCAGCCUUUGCCGGUGGGUGAUCACGGGCUCGUGUAUGGAGGGAGUUCCCUCUGUCCUGAGCUUUAUCCAGCAUGACACGCUGUCAUCUUGGUGCAGUAUCAUUAAGGUGCUUCCAAGUCUGCUCACUCCCAGCCCGAAGAAGAAAGCAGGUGCCUGGAGGACCAUGUUCUCUUAACCUGACUGCAAGAAAUGAACUGCUGGCCUAGAAAUGAAAGGCUCCAUCGUGCCAUUACCAGUCUGUCAUCCCCAUUCCUGUGUUUGCAGGCUCCUGCUGACACAGCAUAAAUGUCAUUUUUACCUUACAGUCCCCUGUGCUGACUCCUGCAGUUUAGUUUAUCCUGCUGUUUUCUUAGUUCUACGAAACAGAGUUAAUAAUGUUGCUGUGCCCUUCACCCUAAUGAUGAUGAUGAAUGUUUUAGACUGGUGUAAUGAGACCACCCUUCAUUUCUUUCUGAAAAAGGAGGAGGAAGUCUUGAUUUCUGUCUCUCUGAGGUUAUAACAUAGGCUGUGAUGCCUUUAGUGGUGUAAACCAGGAAUAUAUUUCUGUUGUUCAUGGCAUACUUUGCAAUGAGAACUUUUCCAUGUUCAGUUGAAAGGCUGGGAAAUUUUAAAUUCCUGACAGAUUUUCUCCAAAGGCUUCAGGUUAAAUCAGCUCUAAUGAAAUGACAGUCUUCAUGUGGCAAACUGAUUUAUUUUUUUUAAUUGACUCAUUUCAUUCCCUUGUUUCCACGGAAGGAUGUUGUUCCCAUCCCGCACCCCGUCCCAUGUAAGUCACGCAAUUUUUUGUGAGGGGUGGGAUGGUUUCAAGAGGGCAAAAUGCAGCAGGCAGCUCUCCUAUAAGCAAUGUAAUGAUGGAAAACAGGCACAAAUCCUUUCUCUGUUUUCUCCCAUCACUCCCCUUUGUCACCUGUCUGCAGGUCUGGAUUUGAACAAAUAAAGCAGCUAUUCGUAAACUCUGCUGCAGGACUGCCCUGAGCAGGCAGUGAGUGGUGAGGUGGUAGCAAGUCUCUUUGCUCUUGUAUGAACGUAUAAAAUAUUUAGAAAACUCGUCUAAUACAGUUAUUGAAGAUGUACUAGUAGCUUCACACCUGGCUGCACGAUUGCCUCGGGUUGUCAUUUCUACGAAUGUAUUUUUGAAGCCUGUGGGCAAGACCUGAAGAUAGGUUUGAUAUGGCUUGGCAGUAACAGGCAUAAUGGCAGCAAUUUGCAUAAUGAUAGUAAUUUCCUUCUUAUAUCUUAGAUUUGGUUUAUAAGACCAUGCUGCAAUGUGACUUACAGUUUUAAGUGUUUGUCUCUGUUGGCAGUUGGCAAUGUAUUAGCUGUGACUCUUUACAGAAAUAAGUGUUCAGUGUCGGAGCUAAAUUGAAUAAUAUGGUGGUGGUUGUGUCUUAAUCUUCCAAAUAGCUCUUUUUAAGUUUGCUACAUUGAUGUCUGAAAGGCUUAAAAAUAAUAAACUCCAUUGUGCAGAGCUUUGAAUACAGAGUGGAGGCUUAGUAAUUGCUGGCAGUUCAUGGGUAGACUUGCUGAAACAUGGCAAGGGGGCAAUUCUCCCAGCACGCCUGAAUUUUUUAAAAGGAUCUCCUUGUAUCGAGGCCUCGUGAUCCACAAAUUGAUGAGGACAUCAAUAUUUGGAAUUAAGGCUUGCAGGAGACCUCAGUCCAAAACCCCAAACCCUUUAAUUGGGCUGUAAUAUCACUUUAAAACACCUUCUGUCUUCCUCCUCUGUCUGCUGGGAACUGUUUCCAUCCCCAGCUGCUGGGCAGGGUGAGUGGAUUGGGCUCAUCUUCCAGCUAGCAAGAGGCUCUGCUGGCUGGUUGUCAGCAGAGAGCUGAAGUCCUGAGCCCUCAUCCGCAAUAGGAAGGUGACAGCCCAACUCCCAAUCUCCUGCUUCUUAUAGGAAGGGGGGAAAAACCCAAAUAUGUGGUGGUUUGUUAAUUUUUUUAAUGCAUUCACGGGGAAUCGAGUGUCAAAGGGAAAGCUCUGAAAGCAGGGAUGUGGCUUUGCUGAUUUUUCUCAGAUGUCUAUGUUCCCCUGCAUCCUUGUGAAUGAAUUUUUAAACGAGGAGUUGCAGAGGGCAGCUAAGGAAAAAGCUGGGUGGACCAGCAGGCAUGAUUUAAAAAAAAAAACAAACAACAAACCCACAAAAAAAAAAAAAAAAAAAAAAAAAAAAAAGAAAAAGAGAGGGAAAGGAAGAGAAUGUGAUUUGUUUAUCACAACUGAACUUGAAACUAAUUUUAAAUGUCUGUCUUCCAAAAGUAAGGAAAUUCCUUUAGCUUCCAGCAAUAAAUAACUGGGAUGCUUUCAGCUCACAGCUGACCUACAGACGAUGGUGAGUUUUCAACUAAAAAAUAAUUGACUCUCCAGUAAGGACAAAUCCAUACCAAGUGUCACUAAACAGCUGGAGGAAGAGAGGAGUCCUGACUAGCACGGUUCAUAUCACAAAUAGCCCUUGAACUUUGUUCUGUGUCUCUGCUUGCUGUCCAGAGUGUCUUGUCAAAUGGCUUUGAACAAGUACAGUUCCAAACCAGAGAGCAAAUGACCAGGAUUGUGUCUGGCUGGCAGGUGUGUGAGCCGGAUGCCCAGAUCUUGCCCACAGAGAUCUCAAAUCAAGUCCCAAAUCCAUUUGUGUCUUACUAGCAGUCCUAAAAGACAUGGUGAGCAUUUCAGAGAAAAGGGAGAAGGUUGUCCUGUGGUAGCUCUUGGGGUUCAGUGGAGGAGGAUUUGGUGGUAGGGAUGAUGCUCUUCCUGGCAGCUGACUGCUGGGGGAUCUCAUGCUGGCUGUGGUGAGGAGGACUUCUCAAACUCAGCUUCUCCUCAGGCACAUCUCAGCAAAGGGUUUGGCUGGUAGGGUGAUGAGCUUUGUUAAUGGUCUGCCCUUCUCUAUGCCUGCAGGGCCUGUCCUGUCCAGUCCAGUCCAGCUGGGACUUCUGGAAGUCUGUCACUUAUGUAGGUACUAAAAAGGAACUGAACUCUUGAAAAUCGGUGUUCUGGCUGAAGGAGCUGAACACUUGCCGGUCUGACCAUAUGCCUCUGAAGUCCUUGUGGUUCAACGCUUUAGUCCAGGGUAUUGUCUAUUUAAGGCAAUGGAAGAAAACCAUGUACCACUCUUGCAGAGUAGGUAUGUGGACUGUAAGCAUCAGGACCAAAUGGUAGUUCUAGAAUUAGAUGGUGUCCCUAAUUUCCCUCUUCAGUUUUAAGUGGAUGCAGCAUUCUUCACUUACAGCCUCAACUGUUGUGUUGCAUUGUUGUAUGGGGUUGAACAUCUGCCCCUUGCAGCCACAAACGUGGCUGUGUUCCAAUGGUGGGUGGUUUCUUUCUAUUCAGGGAUCCUCUGAGGCCUGGAAAAGCUUGAGUAUUAGGCAUGACAUGGUGAUAACUGUUAGAGAUCCCCUUAGCUCCCUCCUUCCAACAUCUGCAAGGCCAGAGUUGGCCAUCUUGGUUUGUCCAUGUACACAGAGCAGAAAGGCCCAGACCUUACCAGCUGCUGCUGCUGACCAGGGAGUACUGACCAAGAACCUGUCCAUCCCAUGCCAAAAACAUUUGUGGUCUCAGCCUGUAGCAGAGGAGAGGGAAGAGCUAUCAUCAGCUCCCUCAGGAGGGCUGUGUUGCUGGGACCACUGUGCCGGGGUCCUUCCCCUCUCAGCAGCCCGGCUUGGGAUGCUCAUCCUCCAUCCAGCAGCUCCUCUCUAGCUGUGCUGUCCUGCAGCGUGGCAGGGGAUGGAGCAGGCUGUGGCACCAGCAGACCUCGGCAGGAGCACCUUAAAACAUUAAAGAUAGUUGGGAUGCUAGAGCAGAGCCAGAGAGGGGACACAAGGUGCCUGUCUCACACAGGUCUCUCAGCCCAGUGUUUCUUUCCUGCAGCAUUGUUCCAGUGAUUGACUGGAGUUGGCUUGGCAAAAGCCUUUUGAAUAUUCAUUUGGCUGACGGGAGAGGAGAGUACUGUUGCUCCUUGAAAUCAGCUUGGGGAGGGGGAAGCAAAUAAGACUGCCUUUUUCUCGCUACUAGUGCUACUUGAACUCUCUCAAAUGCCUGCUUCACAGGGAUAAAUGACUGCAGAGGCCUCAGCCUACCUAACAAGCCUGCUCUUGUAAAGCAAAAAUUAUAGUGCCUGCAUACUUGCAAUCCUCAUUCAAAAGCCCAUUCCUCAUUAAUAUCACUUUAUACAUAUUAUUGCAGCUCAAAAUGCCAUUUCUCUUCUCCCCACCCAUUUCCUUGUCUGGCUGUGACAUACAGGAACUACACCCAGUGCUUGACUCGCCUCUCCUGACCUUUUGUAACUUGGCUCCAAACUCCUUUUUUUGGGUCUUUUGCAAAACACUGUCAGAAGGGAAAAAUCCUUUGUUAAAACACAGCCAACUCCUGCCUCAACGUGGAACAGUUUGUUCUGCUGAAAGAAUGAGCCAGUUCAGUGAGCAGAAAAACAUUGCCAUAAACCAGCGGGCUCAAUAAGCUGCAAAAGCCAUCGGCUGCGCGCAAGGUCUGAAAGGAUGACUCUGAAGCAGGAUCCGUGGGGAUGGAAAAAAAUAAUCCACGAUCCCAACCUGCCAAACCCCGUUUCUUUGCGUUCAGACCAAGUAUUUUGCAGUUGUCUUUUUGGUUAUAGCAACUGUACGUGGGGGAAUGGGAGCUGAUGCCGAGCCAGAACGUAACGCAGCUCUCGAAGCUGCAUAUUGCAAAAGGGCACGGGGGAUGAAGUAAUCCAAAAAUGCUCAGCUGGGAAGGGGCUGCAGCACUCCUAGUCGUCAGACUGUGCUGCAGAUGAUCAGUUCCAAGCGCCUCUGGUACUGUUUAGUAGCUUGGUUUAGUCCUUCCCACCCACAUCUUGUUUUAAAGCUCUGGACACUCUUUAUUUCCCUGGAAUUGCUGCGGGUCUGUCCCUUACGUGGCCGCUCGGGUAGCUGGUGACCAGCCUGGCUUCAGCAAGCGUUUCUUCGUUCCACAAGGGACUUGGAUGCUCGGUUCGGUGGCAAAUAUGAACAUUUGUCAACAUUUGACAACAGCUCCUUCUGACAUCAUGAAUCUGCUGGAAUCCGGACCGCAGAGCACUUGCAAUAGCGCUUUUUAAAUUUGAAUUUAAUUUAAAUGAAAAAAAAGUAAUCAUCUGGAUCAAUCAUCGUGAUGGCUAGCAAAAGGAAAUCCACAACUCCCUGCAUGAUACCAGUGAAAACACUGGUGCUUCAGGAGACCGAGCAGGACGCUGUGGAAGAUGAUCAUGAAGGAACACAACAAGAGGCUCCCGUGGAAGGGCCGUCGGCGAGCGAUGCUGGUGCCAGUAACAGCAGCAGUGGAGCUUUGUCCAACGGGCACCGCGGUGCUGCCGACAGCGACACUUACAUCUGCAAGUCUUGCGACUUUGGAUCCCAGGACGUUCAUCAGUUCUUCGGGCACUUGGACUCCGAGCACUCGGACUUCGGCAAAGACCCCGCAUUCGCGUGUGUGCCGUGCGGCUUCCUGGCCAACAGCCACGAGGGGCUCUCGCACCACAACGCGGAGUCGCACGGUGGCGAGACGGGCUUUGUCUGGAGGGUGGCUAAGCAGGACGGCCGUACCACCGUGGAGCAGAGUCUCUGUGAGGCCACCAGCAGCCAUGACCUCCCAGGAGAGGUUCCUGAAGAAGGGGCAGAUGGCCAGUCUGAAAUCAUCAUUACCAAAACCCCCAUCAUGAAGAUAAUGAAAGGUAAACCCGAGGCCAAAAAAAUCCACACGCUGAAGGAGAGUGUGUCAAGUCAGUUGGGCGGUGAGUCAGAGGUGAAGGAUGGGGAGCAUUCGUUCCCAAACGGGUCCGUGCCAGUCAGUCAGCCCACUGCAAGUUCAACAAAGUCAUCCCACAUAGUGAAUGGCUCCAUCAUAGGAAACGUGCCUGUUCUGCAGGCAGGGGUUGCACAACUUGUGUCGCUGCAGCAGCAACCCCCGUUGCAUCAGCAGCUGCCUACAUCCAAGUCCCUUCCCAAGGUGAUGAUUCCCCUGAGCAGCAUUCCAACGUACAAUGCCGCCAUGGACUCCAACAGCUUCCUGAAAAACUCUUUCCACAAGUUUCCCUAUCCCACCAAAGCUGAGCUCUGCUACUUGACUGUGGUGACCAAGUACCCAGAAGAGCAGCUGAAGAUCUGGUUCACUGCACAGAGGCUGAAGCAGGGCAUCAGCUGGUCACCGGAGGAGAUCGAAGAUGCCAGGAAGAAGAUGUUCAACACUGUUAUUCAGUCCGUGCCACAACCCACCAUUACAGUUUUGAACACCCCACUGGUUGCAAAUCCUGGGAGUGUCCCCCAUCUUAUCCAGGCAACUUUACCAGGCCACGUGGUGGGGCAGCCAGAGGGGACGGGGGGGCUGCUGGUCACGCAGCCCAUCAUGGCAAAUGGGUUGAAGGGCACCAGCUCCUCCUUCACCUUGGCAGUGACUUCUGUCCCCAAGCCACAGCCGGCGGCGCAGCACAGCACCGUGAGCUCCAGCAGCGCCUCGGGGGUGAAGGUGGUCAACAGCGCCCAGUCGCUGCUCACCGCCUGCCCUGCCAUCUCCUCGCAGACCUUCCUGGAUCCCAAUGUCUACAAAAACAAGAAGUCCCACGAGCAGCUCUCAGCCCUUAAAGGCAGCUUCUGCAGAAACCAGUUCCCUGGUCAGGCUGAAGUGGAGCGGCUGACAAAGAUCACGGGCUUGUCCACCAAGGAGAUCCGAAAAUGGUUCAGUGAUAGGAGGUACCACUACAGGAACGUGAGAGGCGGCCGGGCCGUCUUCCCUGGAGACAGUGCUCUUGAUUCCCUGCCCGAAAUCACCUUCGAUGUCCCGCCCAGAGGAGCUGAGCUGAGCCCCGCGGCGGCGGCGGCCACGCCGGCCCCUCAGCACCCACCGCGACGGCAGUCGUGGCACCAGGCGCCCGACUUCACCCCAACCAAAUACAAGGAGCGGGCACCGGAGCAGCUGAAGGCCCUAGAGAGCAGUUUUGCCCAAAAUCCUCUUCCUGCAGAGGAAGAGGUGAACCGCCUGAGGGGGGAAACGAAGAUGACACGGAGGGAAAUCGACAGCUGGUUCUCAGAGAGGAGGAAGAAGAAGGUGGCGGAGGAAAACAAGAAAGUGGAAGAGGCGACUCAGCAGGAAGAGGAGGAGGCAGAGAAUGGCGGCGGAGAAGGGGAGGACUCCUCGGAUGAGCAGAGAGCUGCAAGUGAAAACGGCUCAGUCGACGCCUCCGGCAACAACAUGAACUCAGCAGAGCGGAAGGUGAGUCCCAUCAAAAUCAACCUGAAGAACCUGCGAGUGACCGAGUCCAACGGCAAAAACGAGGUACCGGGGACCGGCGCAAACGAGAAGGGGGAAGGCAGCUCCAGCCGGCCGCCCACCCCUCCCAAAACCAAACUGAACUUCAAAAAAACGGCCCAGCAGCGGCAUCUGCUGAAGCAAAUGUUCGUGCAGACCCAGCGUCCCACGAACCAGGAGUAUGACGCCAUCGUGUCCCAGACGGGCCUGCCGCGGGCCGAGGUCAUUCGCUGGUUCGGGGACAGCCGGUACGGCUACAAGAACGGGCAGCUCAAGUGGUAUGAGAACUACCGGCAGGGGGUCUUCCCCCCGGGGCUGGUGGAGGUCAGCCCUGCCAGCAGGGAGGUGCUGGAGGACUACUACGAGAAGCACAAGGGGCUGCGGGAGGAGGACGUGCCCAGCCUGUGCGAGCGCUCCCGCCUCGGCGCCCAGCAGCUCAAGGUGUGGUUUGCCAUGAAGGCAGAGGAGGAAGGCAGGGGCUCUGGCUCGGAGGAGGCCUGUGCCGGCAGGGCCGCGGGGAGCCGCAAAGGGCCGAGCGAAGCCGGCGCGGAGGCGUCGGAGAGCAGCGAGGCGUGGGAGCCGGUCGGCCCGGAGGGCAGCGCAGGGACCCCCGACGCCCCCGGCCCGCCGCCCGCCACGCGGCUGGAAACAGAGUGAACUGAAACCACCAGCCCUGGAGGAUCCGCUCUUACCCUCGAGAAGAAAUUUGUGAUCUUUAAGCAACCCACGGGCCGGCCUGAUCCAAACCUGGGGAGCAGGACGUGGUGACGAAGCACUGCCAUAAAUGAGACCUUUGGGCACAGCACACGAGACAGCACGUGCACAGACUGGGCCCUCGGUGCCGAGCUCUCAUGGCCCAGCCGGGGCCUCGGCCGAGGGCUGCCCGAGGCACCCGGGAAAUAGGAUGCUCCUGUUUGCUUUCCAGUGACAGACUUUCAGAUUUCAUAUUCAUAUACCGAUGCCUACAGCUGCCUAUACAAGCAUAACGAAUCUCAGACAUUGUGUAUACAAGGUCGUUGCUUAGAUAUGGACUAUCAUGGCAUAGUACUUGUUUCUUGUUUCUUUUUUUUUUUUUCAUCUGUCCGUUAAGGUGUUUGUUCUCUAAAGGUUGGCAUGGCUGCAUAUAUCCUUUCUGCCCCUUCUGGUCCUGGCAGUGAAGGGCUUUGUGGGCAAACAAAUGCGUGUGUUAGGAGAGGGAUCUGAGAAGAAAACUGCCAGUCUUGAAUUUAAGUUGAGCAAGAUUCUUAAUCCCUACAGAUGAGGUUAGAGUCAGCCUUGUUCUGAUAAAUAGCAGGUUCCCAGACCCAGGCAGCCCAGGAGUUUGGUGUCAUUUUGUCCCUUGCUGGCUAGAACGCUUUCCCCUGUGUUCCUGGAGACUGACUGUAGCAGGCUAUUAAAUCUCCAAGUCUCUCUUUAAUCACUGAGAACUAGCACAUAGUAAUUUUUGCAUCCUGACCUGGAAUCCUUUUCAUUGUUCAGAGAGAACAGGCUGUUCUUCAGAGAACAAACACAGGGAAUCGCAGCGUGGCUGUGAGUGGUUCAAGUCAUUUUUGUCUCCAAGGGAUGGCGAGGCAGCAGCUCUGCUGCAGUCAGGAAGUUUCCUUCUUGCAGCCCUACAUGGCAGAUCCUCCUGGAGCACUGCUGGUGACUUCAAGUGUUUGUUCCAGUCUUUUUUUUUUUUUUCUUUUUUUUUUUUCCUUUUUCCAGGCCAUGUGCAAUGUUUCUGGCAAAAUAGCAAAAUGAAUUUCCUGGUUAACCUGCCUGCUGCCUGGUACCUGGACAUUUUUAAUGUGUGUUGUCCUGGGUGGUUGCUGUGUGAUGCAACUGCUUGAAGGUUUUUUUUUUUAAAUAUCCUUUGCUAAUAGAAAACAAGGUCUAGAAGGGAAACUCUUGAGCUGGAUAGUCCAGCCAAAUGCUGUGUCAGACCAUUCUGUCACAAACUAAUCAAAUCCCAACUCCAAAUUGGUUCCAUGUCUUGCCUUCACUUUUGCUCUUGGAAGGCUCUUCCAGAACUUCACUGCCUUUGAGUGGUUAGAAACUUUAUUUAAAUUUCUAGUUUGAAUUAAUUCGUGGCUGGUUCAUUGCUGGUUUGUUUUGGAGCCAACAUUGUCCUUUAACUUAAAUAGUUUCGGUGUUUAUCCGCUGAUGUAUUUAUGGAGAGUAGUCAUAGCUCCUUAUUUUUGCCAAGCCAACUCAGCCAAGCUUUUUCAGUAGAAGUUUUUUAUUUAGUGAGAGCUUUUUAAUGUGGGAGACUUUAUUGUUAGUGGUAAAUGAUAUUUAUUAGGAGGGUGGGUAGCAAACCCUGAAGGAUCGGAUCCAGAGAUUUACAAAAAAUCUGGUUUAAAAACAAAAAAGCUCUUUCAGAACCUCUUCCAAAGAUGGUGUCUGAUUUCUACCUUUAAUUGCCCUUGCUUUUGCAAUUCUUUCUUUGUCCCCUCUUUGAGGCUGCCUUGCUCAGCUGCUGGAAGGGGCUGUAUCUGCUCAGUGCUUCGGCAGAGGGGCUUCCCCUCGCCUGGUGGGACAUGCUGGGUGCCUGUGCCUGAGUUCGUGGGGCUCCCUGGCACACAGGGAUGAUCCCUGUGCCCAAGUGUGACCAUCUGCUUCAGAUGGAGGUGACCUGCACCCCAGAGAGCCGGGGUGAUGUUUUGGAUGCACCCACUCACACUGUGCCCAUCCCGUAGCGGUGAGAUGGACCAUCCCCGACCCAGAGCACCCUGCUGUGGCACCAGGCUCCCUAAAUGUCUCUUUAGAAGCACUACUGAUGGUCAUGGCAUGGUUGGAGGUGUGACCAGCAGCCAUCCCACCUUGGCUUUGUGUUGGCUCAUCCCCACUGCUCCCCUUGGGGGUGGCUGCACUGCCAGAGCCCCAGGGGUUCGCCUUCAUGGGUGCAAUGCUGCACACCCUAAAAUAUCACAGGCGAUGGGAGAAUCUGGGUGGGGCUAGAGCUGGAAAGCAGAUCUGUGAGUCGUGUGGCCUUAGGGGGUGUAUGGGCAGUGCCACCUUCAGAGAACAAAUACAGGUAGGUCAAUUUACUCUGUAGUGUCUAUGUACAUGCAGGUUUAUUUAAGUACACAUAUAUACAGUUCAGAUAUGCCAUUGAUUCUUUAUUGCAUUAAGAUGUACAUUAAAAAUGUACACUUUUACUAACUACUUGCUAUAUAAAUAUGUUGGAAGUGUAGUUUGCCCAUUCAAGGUGAUUUUCUGUGGGAUUUUUGGUGUACACUUAAAGGCCUAUGGCUAAUUGGAAGAGUGAUUCCCCACUCCAUCUACAGAAAUGCUUAAGGACUAUGGUAUGAACUGGUCCCUUCAAACCACGUUUCCAUGCACUAGCUGAAAUAUUUUGCACUUGGAUUAUAUUCAGCCAGUUUUCCAGAAAAAUUGAAAAGAAAUCUUGUGAGCUAGAGGGAGAAUUUCCCGGUGUACACAGAAAAAACAGCCUUGAGGGUUGGAAGCUGCUGAGGUUUUUGAGCUUUGUCUCCAUGCAUUCAUACAAGCACAGCAGGAGUUUUCUUUCUUUUGGGUCAAAGGAAUUUUAAAAAGUGGUUCCAUGCAGACUCCCCUCGGACGUGGCGACGGGGCUGGCAAACGCCACUGCGUGGGGAGGGUGAGAUUUAGAGACAAAAAAAAGUCAAAAAGUGAUCGAGUUCCCUUUCUACUCCUACAUUCCUUGUUAUCUGCAUUUUUUAGUUGACUUGAAAUCUCCAUAAAAGUAUAAGCUGAAGAUUUCUGAGGGUUUAGCUCUGUGGUCCCCUGUUUCUCUGUUGAGAAGGAGAAGCAGGUGCCAUCUCCAGACAGACUCGGGUUUUGGUGCAGGACAUUGGAAAUGUGUUUGCAUCCAAAACUGAAAGGAAAAAUUGAGAGGUGGCUUGACAGUCCCAGCAGCAGCUCUUGUGGUGUUAAGAGGAAGUGUCACCACAAUUCUACACAGUGUGUGAAUAUUUAUCAUCAUCUAAUCAAAGAUGACUAUCUUGACUUGAAAGGAGGGGUGUAAGACCGAGGUGAUGUAGCCAGCAUCAGUAAGGAAGGGAAAUUAUAUUCUCCACCUCCAUCGGCUCUGUCUGAGCUUGGGCUUGGCAGGCACAGCAGUAACCAUCAUUUUUAAUCCAUGUGAAUCUUGUUACUUAUGUCUCUGAGACUGCUUAGAUUAAGGGCACAAUCCAAUUGCUUAAUAACCCGAAACCCUGAUUUGUGCCAGCCUUAGACAUGGCUCCGUGUUUCAUUUGGGUACCUUAUUUUUCAGGUCCAUAAUUAGCAUCCUGGAAAUCAUUCUUUUUUUUUUUCUUUUUUUUUUUUAAAGCAGGACACUAAACCAACCAUAAUCUACAGGUUCCUAUUUCCACUUGCCUGAGAGGUGAGCGCUGAUGGACACCAGGCCUGCAUCUGGUGGGAGGAUGGGCACAGCUGAUUGGAGGUAUUUUGUGUGGCUUCAUGUCCCCUCCCUGCCAAGGAUUUGUGUUGGUCACCAUGAGAAGCAACCAGCAAAAGCAGCAGCUGCUACAGCUGAAACCCUUUACCUGGCUGGAGCUGCAAGAUACCUGCUUGGUUAAUUUUUGCUAAGUGUCCCUUGACUGUUCAGGAAAAGAAGGAAACUGUAGAAGGCAGGUUUUACAUUUAGGGUUUCGUGUUUUUUGGUUUUUUGUUGUUUUGUUUUUGUUUUUGUUUUUUUUUUAAACUGAAAAGCAACAGUUUGAUCACAUGGAGGAGUGUUGUAUUGUCUUCCCUGCAGCCCCUCUCUCUUAGGGAUGUAACAGAGACAACCUGACUGGAAGCUGGAUCACUGGGAAUCAGAAGAGAGAGAUGAUUUUCAGCACUUAGGCACAAAUUACAGUGUUGACAGUAUUUCAAAUAUUUGUAAACUUCUGUCUCCAGUUACCCUAAUAACUUUGGCUUUGUUCUUUUCAAAUUGAUCAGGGGCCUGAUGUGAUUCAGCUCACCUGCAACCACUGGUGUCAAGACCCAGCUGAUCCCCAAAACAGCAGGGAAGAUUAGGCAACACUUCACAUGGAGAGGGAUGAGGCACUUGCAGGCUCUCCCUUUUUUUUUUUUUUUUUUUUUAAAUUGGGAGGUUUAGUUUCUGCUCUCUGUUUUACUGGCAGUGGUCCUGCCAGGAGUGCUGGAUUGGCAUCACAAACUUUAGGGCAGACCAAGGGAGCUCUGUUACCUAAGCAGUGAAUUUUUAUUUUUUUUUUUUUUAAAUUUGGGGUUUUCUGGUUAUUGCCCAAGUGCUCUGUUUGCUGACAUUGGCCAUAUUUUGAUGGCACAAUUAAAGCCCCUUUUUACCUGCACUGAUGGAGGGCAGUGUUAGGAGGACUCUUGCUUACUGGUGCUAGUGAGGGUUGGACUAGGAAUCCAUGGCAUAGAAAACUUUUAGCUAAAAUUGCACUUUCUCUCUGCCCCAUCUGGCUCGUGGUGGUGUUAUGGGUACGUGGCUGUGAUUCCCCUUGCACAUACUAACAUUGCACUAAAAGAGAGACUUUGGGAACAGCGUGUUGAUCACUUUGUUUCUCAGCAGACCACAAAGUCAGCCUAAUGGGGUCUCUUUUUUUUUUUUUUUUUUUUUUUUUUUUUUUUUUUUAUUAUUGUUAUUUAGAAAUCACGCUGGUGCUGAAUGACCUGGAAUUUUUGCUUGGAUUUAUCCAAAGGAAAAUGUAAUUGUAGCUGCAAGGGGACCUUUCAUAAGGGUGUCCUUGCAGUGAGGGAGCAGAGCGAGGGCUCUGCUGUGUAAACCGUCUUUGUACUGGGGAGGUGUGGGGGGUUCCAGUGGGGUUGUUACUGUGUUUUUUUUCAAGACCACAAUUUUAAAUGGCCACUUUGGCAAUCGUGUGAAACAGGAAAUAGUUUUUACUUUUGGUAAAGGUUUUAAAGAGGGAAAAAAAAAAAGUGAAGCUGCCUGUGAUUGUGGGCUGUAGCUAUUAUUAGGGCUAGGGUAGCUUGUACCUGCUAUGGACUUUACCUGCUCUUAUUCUGAGGGCAAGAACUCCCUGUAGCAACGCCACUUCUGAGAAGUGAAUGGCAAGUUUCCCUUCCUUUUGUAUAUGUGGAUGUGAGGGUGGGCGAGGGGAAGAGCUUGCUUGUACAGUUUGUUGAAAUGAAACCAGACAUUUUUGGUUGUUCCUAAAUAAAGAGCGUAAAAGACAA